AUCGGGAUCUUGAUCGGGAUAUCGAUGGAUAAUUGUUGCUGCAUUUCAUAAAUCUGAUUCAGGCUAUAAAGAUCGAGCACUAGUUCUCUCCCGGGACUGGCAGCAUUAACCUGGCUCUGAGCCGGCCAAAGUGCUGAGGCCGCCAUGGGGAACCAGCUGGCGGGCAUUGCGCCCUCGCAGAUCUUCCCCGUCGAGUACUAUCUGAACGACGUGCCAUUCGUCGAAUUCAGCGCCAGUCUGGGCAGCACGCGCUUCAUGAAGGUGGCGCGCGCGCACUCGGCCGAGGGCUCGCUGGUGGUCAAGGUGUUUGUGCUGCACGACCCGACGCUGCCGCUCGAGCAGCACAAGAAGAAGGUGGACGAGCUGAAGCACGUGCUGCGCGGCGUGCCCAACUGCCUGCCGUUCCGCUACACCAGCGUGACGGAGCGCUCGGCGCUGCUGGUCAGACAGUACAUCAGGUACAGCCUCUAUGACCGUAUGUCGACCCGUCCGUUCCUGACUGAGCACGAGAAGCGCUGGCUGAGCUUCCAGCUUCUGACGGCGCUGGCCGCCUGCCACCGGCUCGGCGUCUGCCACGGCGACCUGAAGCUGGAGAACCUGCUGGUCACCUCCUACCUAUGGCUGCUGGUAGCCGACUGGGCCUCCUUCAAGCCCGCCCUGCUGCCCGAGGACAACCCGGCCGACUUUGGCUACUUCUUUGACACGUCCCGGCGGCGGCUGUGUUACGUGGCGCCGGAGCGGUUCGCCAGCGGCGGCCAGCUGCCCCUGGCCGACCCGACGCCGGGCCGUCUGACGCCGCCGAUGGACGUGUUCGCGGCCGGCUGCUGCCUGGCCGAGCUGUGGACCGAGGGCGGCGUACCGUUCGACCUGCCGCACCUGCUGUUGUACCGCGCCGGCGAGUACGACCCGCGGGAGGUCACCAGUAGGAUCGAGGACGCCGCCGUCCGCCGGAUGGUCGAGGCCAUGGUGCAGCGGGAACCCUCAGCGCGUCCGGCCGCCGCUGAGCUGCUGGCCGCGCACACACCGGCCGUGUUCCCGCCGACGUUCGCCGGCGUGCUGCACCCCUACUGCGCCGAGCUGGCCGCCGGCGCGCUGACCUCUGCCGACGAGAAGAUGGAGCGGCUGGCGGCCGAUGCCGACCGGCUGGUGUCGCAGCUCGCCGCCGCUAACCCCGUCUCCCUGCAGGAAGACAUCACACUGCUGAUCGGAGUGGCGGCCUCCUGCGUCCGCCAGCUCUCCCAGCUGGCUACUAAGGUGCGCGCGCUGCGCCUCCUGCUCCGGCUGGCCGGUCACGUAGCUAGUGAUGUCAUCCUGGACCGUGUGCUGCCCUACGUACUGGCGCUGAGCCGCGACGCGUACCCGCGUGUGCGCUGCGCCGCGCUGGAGACCACCGUUGGCCUGUUGUCGCUGGUCACCUCCCUCCCCGAGAGUGACGUGCACAUAUUCCCCGAGUACGUGCUGCCGAACCUGGCGGCGCUGGCGCAGGACCGGGCCGUGUCGGUGCGCGUCUGCUACGCCGCCCAGCUGGCACCGCUGGCAGAGUCGGCGCUGCGGCUGCUCGAGGCGGCGCACGUGCGCGCCACCCGGCCGCAUCUGGCCGCCGAGCUGAACACGCUGCACGACCUGGUGCACCAGAAGGUGCAGCUGCUGCUCACAGACUCGGAUAACGCCGUCAAGAGGACGCUGCUGGUGCGCGGCUUCUCGCGACUCUGCGCCUUCUUCGGCCGGCACAAGGCCAACGACCUGUUGCUCUCGCACAUGAUUACAUUCCUAAACGAUAAGGUGGACCGCAGCCUGCGCGCGGCCUUCUUUGACGCCGUGGAGGGCGUGGUGUCGUUUAUCGGCCGCCACUGCGUGCCGCUGCUCACCCCGCUGCUGCUGCAGGGGCUGAACGAUACAGAGGAGUUUGUGGCUGUGAAGGCCGUGGACGCCAUGCACGGCCUGGCCACGCUGGGCCUGCUCUCCAAGCCGGCGCUGUACGAGCUGCUGGACGAGGUGGUGCCCAUGGUGGUCCACCCGAGUCUGUGGGCGCGCCAGGCGGCCGUCGGCUUCAUCUGCGCCUGCGCCGGCCAGCUGCGAGUGAUUGACGUCCAGUGUCGGCUGCUGCCGCGCCUGGAGCCGUUCCUCUCACACCCGGUGGCGGCGCUGGACAGCCCGGCCGCGCUGCUGGCCGCGCUCGGUCCGCCCGUGCCGCGAGACGUGUACGACCACCUGGCGCGCGCCUCCCACCUGGAGCUACUGCUGGCCACGCUGUCCGAGCGGCAGCGACUGCGGCGCGCCGGCGACCCCGCCUGGCAGCUGCACCUGCCCGACAGCGGCGCCGGCACCACCGCCCGCAACCUCUUCCGGCGACUGGUGGCAGACGGGAUGACGGCUGCCGUCGAGGACCACCUGCUCAUACUGGCCAGCCACCUCUCCAAGGUGCACAAACACAAGCGGCUGGCGGCCGAGGUGCGCCGGCCGGUGGGCGACACGGGUGUGUCGGUGGUGCCGGUGGACGUCUGUCGCGGCCGGGUUCUGCACCUGCGCUCAGACUCGGACGCCGAGGCGGCGGCGGCGGCGGCUGCGCGCCUCCCGGAUCCGCCGCCCGUCGAGUCAGACGUGGAGCGCGGCGAGCCUGCGGAGCCGGCGGUCACCGCCGGCUGCGACCCGGGCUUGCGCGCGCUCGAGUCGCCCUGUCAGGCGGCGCUGCAGCGGCUGCUGGAGCGGCAGCGCGCCGAGCGGCUGGCCGUCCGGCUGGGGCGCGAGCCGCGCGGCCGCGCCGGCGCGCCGCCGUCCACCUGGCGGCCCAAGGGUGAGCUGGUGGCGCACCUGCACGAGCACCAGGGCGCCGUGGUGCGGCUGGCCACCGUGGCCGACUCGCCGCUGGUGGCCAGCGCCGCCGCCGACGGACAGGUGCGCGUCUGGGACGUGGCGCGCAUGGAGGGCAAGAACAUCGCCAACCGGUCCCGGCAAACGUACGGCUGGCCGGGCAGCGGGCCGCUGACGGCGCUCACCUACUGCCAGGCCGAGCAGGCGCUGGCCACCGCCGGCGACGGGGACGCCGUGUGGACGUUCAGCGUGGAGACGAGCACGCCGCGCUCGCACCCGCUGCACUACCGGCAGCUGAGCGCCGCCGAGGGCAGCGUGGUCGAGCUCACCCACUUCGGCUCUGCCGGCGGGUCGGUGCUCGUCUACGCCACCAUGUUCGGCCAACUGGUGGGCUGGGACCUGCGCGCGCCCGGCACCGCCUGGCGGCUCGACAACAAGGCGCGCCGCGGCCUGGUCACGGCGCUCUGCGCCGACCCGGCCCACUGCUGGCUGGUGGUGGGUACCUCCAGCGGCGUACACGUGUGCUGGGACCUGCGCUUCCAGCUGGCCGUGUCCACGCUGGCGCACCCGGCCGGCUCGCGCGUCCGUCGGCUCUGCGGCCACCCGAGCCAGCCGAGCUGGUUCGUCAGCGCCGUCUCCGGCAACUCGGAGGUCAACAUGUGGAAUAUCGAGACCGGCGAGCGGCAGAUGACGCUGUGGCCCAGCCAGCACCCGGCGCUCAGCACCACGCUCCGGGAUCACCACUCGGUGACCGCCCUGUGUCCCCUGGGACCGGCGCUGCUCACCGGCGGGACGGACCAGUGCACACGGCUGUGGGAGCUCGGUGAGCCGCGCGCCUCGCAGCUGGUCACCUGGCCGGCGCAGCAGCCGGUGCCCGUGGCCGGUACGUACCGCGCUCAGGUGGUGGACGGUAUAGAGGUGGUGCAGGAGGUGUGUCAGAAGGUGCGCCGGCCGCGCGACGACUGCCCGCGCGGCCCCGAGCCCACGCCGCCGGGACACCUGGACACCAUCAGUGACAUUGUGCUGGCCAAGGCGUCCCAGUGGUACGCGGUGACUGCCUCCCGGGACGGCGUGGUCAAGGUGUGGAAGUGAUGGGGUGGCGGGGUGUGUGUGGUCGCCGGGUGGGACAGGGAGGCUGCGGUGAGGGCCGGGGGCGCAGCGGGCCAGUAGGGAGCUCUCAGACGGUAACGGCGGGGAGCGGCGGUGUCUCCCGCUCCCUCUCCGGGGUGGGAGACGGAGACUGUGAUGUUUAUCCAGGAGUUGCCGUGGUUUAGGAGUGUGCUGAUACUGUACAGCCGCGUGAUACAAGCCAGCUAUCGCAUAGGCCACUCACUAAAUACCCAUCGUAUAUGAUCUUCAAGCUGUCUGGGUACGGUAGCAUUGUUACGAAUGUAUAGUGCCACCGCAAUAUGAAAGGCAAGGUAUAUGCUAGCAACGUUUCAUAUUGAAACUCGCUUGUUCCGUAUUUAACAGAUUGAUUCCUUCACUGGUCCAUGCUAGUGGCUCGUCUGGUACAGUUGUCGCUCCUUGGAGGUUGGGACGGGGUGUUACCCAUGGUUCAGUUAGCGGCAGCGGCGGUAUGGCUGUGAACGUUAGCUGGCCGUAGAGCCGCAUAUUCAGACGGCAAACGAUUGGUUCCGGUAACGCAGCUGCCCUGUGUUUGUGGAGAUGAGCUUUCAGUCAGUAUGCUUUCGCGCUGUCAUCCAGUAAUUUUGUCGGCGGUGUAAGGCAUAUGUGCACGAUUGUAAUCAUAUUCAUGAUAGGUUAUGUAAUGGAUAUACGUAUUAUGCAUCUUGAACAUUAUUGCUGAAUAUAAGCACGUUGAUGUCUAUACCAAUUACGGUGUUGAAGCUUAUAUCGAUUUAUGUCUAUAUCGAUUACGGUG